UGACAGAAGAACUGCCUGCACCAUGGACUAUCCGCCCACUCCGCCCAUUUUGACCCGAUCCGACACGCCUCCGCCCAAGGCCGAUCCCCACGAUGCGGGUCCGGUAUCCGGGCCCAAUACUCGGGCCAAGGGUCGGAUUAGUCCGGGCGAUUCUCGGUGCAGUAGUCCGGAACCGCAUUGCGCCAUUUGUUUGGGCGGACUGGAAAAUAUGUCGUACACGGACAGUUGCUUGCACAAGUUCUGUUUUACCUGCUUGCUCGAGUGGAGCAAGGUCAAGCCCGAGUGUCCCUUGUGUAAGGCCAGGUUCAAGUCCAUCAUUCACAACAUCAAGGCCGAUGACAAUUACGACAGUUAUACCAUCCCGCUCCAGCCGGCCGCCUUGGCCAUACCCAAUGGCGGGACCCUGCCCCCGGAGGAAGAGCGCCGCCAACCAUGGCUGGCCCGCCAUAUUCCCGACAUGAAUGAGCAGGCCUUUGCCCGAAUGCGUGGCAUGUUCGUCAUGCCCUCGCUGCCCGAUAACUUCUUCCCCCGGGUGGGUGGCCCGGACUUGUUGCCCGGUUCGGCCGCCCUGGCCUCGGGUUGGCGACGCCGGCGGCACGUGGCCACCUCGGAGUUUCGGCGCGAUAUUUACGCCCGACAUUUGUACGUGAAUCCGGCCAGUGUCGGCGAUUUGGUCACGGGACGCUUUCGCGAGUGUAGUCCGGCUUGGUACCGCAAUAAUCCAGCCACCACGCAUCGCUUGGUGCCUUGGUUAAACCGUGAGCUCAACGUGGUCAUGGAGCGCCAUCCGCAACAGAUCGCCCACGUGUUGCAGCUCAUUCUAGAUUCCAUUCAACAGCAUGAGAUCGAGAGCCAAGAGUUCCACGACGUCAUCCUACCUUAUUGCGGCGCCCACACUGAACACUUUCAGCAUGAGUUCCACCACUUUGCUCGUAGCUCGUAUGACAUGGUGGGAUACGAUCGAAAUGCCAGUUACAGUGAGCAACGCCUGCCCGUGACACGCCCGCCUGUAGCCUCGCCCGAAUAUCGGACGGCCCAUGUCCCGCCCAUGAUGACCAUUGAGAGCAGUUCCAGUGGCGAUAACGACGAUGUGGUCAUUGUCGAAGAGGUUCGCUCCCGUUCUCAAGCACAAACUCAAGCCGGCCUCGAUACUUUAACCGAUCGAAUCCAUCGGCGACUCCAAAAUCAUGCGGCCCUAACCGACCCAGGGGUAGGAUCUCAAGAGUCUGCGUCCAGUCAUCACACUCCCUCCGAAGCACCCGCGCUCAAUGACGCCCCAUCGACGAGCAGCGGGGAAACUUCGGCUAAUAUUACACGUUGGGUGGUGCCCGAGGCCAAUAGCAGUGACGCCAAUAGUGACGCGGAUGUAGACAUUCUGUGCGAGAUACCUUCUUCGGCCAAAGAGCGGACACCGCUUAUUGUGAACAUAUCCGAUGACGAGCGAGCUCGGCGCAAACGGACGUUAGAUGCGCCGCAGAUUGAUAUCAGCUCAGAAGGUGAUUCGCCUCCGGCCAAAAAGGCCCAUGGAAAAGGCAAAGGCAAAGGAAAGAGUUCGUCCAAGAGCCGACAACAACAGCAAAAGGAAGAGAUCAGGACGAAACCGCAAAAAAGCGAAACGUUCACCGAGUCUCCACCCAACUCGGAUUCGGACAAACAGAAGAAGAAACGGUCCCUCAAGCGUCGGAAAAGCUUGAAAGAGCGGAAUUCUCGCUCCCGGAGGAAGUACGUGAGUUCUUCCAGCUCCUCUUCGGAUGGUGAUCAGCCAACGAGAGCCUCUUCUUCCUCGGAUUUAUCCGACGAUGACGACGAAUAUCGGAUGCGCCAAGAAGCUCGUUCUCUGAAACGGAAAAAACAGAAACUCAUGUUACCUCCACGAAAGCGAAGAAGCUCCAACUACUUUGGCUCUUCGGACGAUGUGGCGACUCCCCAGGCAUCCGUCAAGAAAGUGGUGACUCAAAAUCCCGCGCGAAUCGUACAAUUUGCUGGUUCAUCAUUGCAUUCUUAUCCAAACUCUUCCCAUCCAACGAAGGUGGAACCACCCUUAGCUUCGAAUCGAGUGAAGCGUAAGGUGACUUUAAUUCAACCUCAAGCUGUGAUGGACCAAACUCCCAUGGAGGAAUUCAAAGUCGAGUCUAUGGGCACGAACGAUCUUCGAUUGAAGCUCAUCAAUCGGAAGUUAAAAGAUGAGAUCAAACGCGAAGAGCGGUUCUCCUCGUACCUCAAAGAAGAGCAGCGGAGUCCUUCCGACGAUAGCGAAUAAGCCAAGUGCACGACAGAGCGGAUUACGUUGACAUAAGGGCGCACAGCUAAUUUCUUGCUCAACUACGGCCUAAUGAAUGAGGGCCACCGGGUCAGAACACUCACUCACUGUACUAUGAUUAAUCAAUAUUAUGUAGUUUGAUCAAUUUGAUAAUCAUUAAUCAGCAUUUCCAAACAAUACAUAUUAUUUUAGCUGGA